UAUUAGCAGCGAGUCUAUUUUCUUCAAAAGUUUCCGUCAUGUUCACCAGUACUAGUGACCACGCAAUGUUUGACUGCCCUUCAAGGCCACCGGUCAUGGGGAGAAGAUGGAAGUCCAGCACUGAAUCAGCACCAAAUUGUCCUAGGUGUGCCUCUUCUAACACAAAAUUUUGCUAUUACAACAACUACAGCAUGUCACAGCCCAGAUACUUCUGUAAAGGCUGCAGGAGGUACUGGACUAAAGGUGGAUCGCUGCGAAAUGUCCCAGUAGGUGGCGGAUGCCGGAAAACUCGUCGAAGCAAGUCUGCCCGGCAGCCGGACCGGCUGGGCUUAAUUUAUCAGAUGCCUAGCCCUGGCAGCGCUAGUGAUGAGUCAAAUAAUUCAAGCAAUGGAGCUGACAUUGAUCUAGCGGCAGUUUUCGCCAAAUUCUUGAAUCAAGAUAAUUCAAGCAAUGAUCUUGACAAAAUUCAUGUCAGCACUGAUCAAGAAUCAUCUUCGAGUGGAGUAAGUCCCACAUCCCUAGAUUUACCUCUGGGCUAUUUGGAUAGAGAAAAUCAAAUUGAAGACAUUAUAUUCCAGUGUCAAAAGCCAUCUGAUUUCAUUGAUGGGGACCAGAUGCAUGAAGGGCAUCCUUCAUUAAGCAUAGAUGUAGAUAAUGUUGAAGAACUUCUGGAUCAAAACUGCAAUGCAUUCGAGUUGCAAGCUAUUCUUGGUGAAGAGAUUGGUGAGGAUGCUUGCUUGUCUGAUGGGAUAAGUUUACCAAAUUUUGAAUGGCAAUCAACUUUGCAAUUCCAAGAUUUUGGAUCAUUUUCCACAGAUCAUGCAAUGAAAAUCCCAUCAAAUUUGGCUGAUGACAAUUGGAACACAUUUGAUGUGUCGGCAGGUUAUGAAAUUUUUUCAAGACCUUGGAAUUGUAUUUAGUACCAGGUGUCUAAAUUAGCAAUUUUUUUUUUUAAAAAAAUCUUGUUCAAGCUGUUAGCUGUCACAAUCUCAUGAAAGAGACAUAGGGUAAAAGUUAAUUGAUCCUUAUAUAUGC